UGGUUAAUAGUCCUGAGAUUAUGACACAGCACCGUGUACAUCUCUCAGUGGCGAAUAUGGAGUCCUGAGCAAAUUCAAACACGUGUGAAGCCACGCUGGGGUGGAAAUUACGCACCGGUGCGCAUUGCGCGUCAGCGAUCUCCAAAGUGGACAACCCCCGAACUUUGACGAGCUUAAUAUAUAUUUUUUCAGCGAUACAGGGAUCGUUAAUCAUAAAAUCCGUUCAAAUAGAGUUUCUGUUUCCGAUUUGAAGUGUAUGGACCUGAAUAUCGGUUGUUGGAAAAUUCGUCAACGUUUUUUCCUCUAGGUGUUUGUAUCAUGUCAAACGCAAGCGAUUCGACAGAGCCAGAUAAUUUCUCCUGCAGUGAGGAAACUCCCUGGGACAAUUCAUGUGGCUUCGGAGAUGAUCUGGAGUUAAAUCAAUUCGAUGGAUUGCCAUUUUCCUCUCGUUACUACAAAUUACUGAAAGAGAGAAAAACUCUGCCUGUGUGGAAGGUCAGGUGCCAGUUUGAGGAUGCUUUGGUAAACAACCAGCUGGUUAUUGUGUCCGGAAUAGCGAAAACUGGGAGGAGUACACAGAUCCCUCAGUGGUGUGCAGAGUUUUGUCUGUCUGCUCAGUACCAGCAUGGCAUGGUUGUGUGCACACAGACCAACAAACAGCAGGCUGUGGAUCUGGCCCUUCGAGUGGCUGAUGAAAUGGAUGUGAACAUAGGCCACGAAGUGGGUUACACCAUCCCUCUGGAGACUUGCUGCUCCUCUGACACCAUUUUGAGGUACUGCACAGAUGAUAUGCUGCUGAGAGAGAUGAUGUCGGACCCAUUUCUGGAGCACUAUGGAGUCAUUAUCAUUGACCAGGCCCAUGAAAGGACAGUAAGCACAGAUAUACUGCUUGGUCUCCUCAAAGACAUCCUGCUGCAGAGGCCUGAACUCAGAGUGGUGGUCCUCACUGUGCCGCCGAUGACUGAAAAGCUUCUGAAAAACUAUGGCACCAUCCCCCUUAUAAGUCUGGAGGCCUCCUGUCCUGCAGAGGUGGUCCACAGCAACAGCUGCAACAAGGAUUACUUCUACUCAGCACUAAGACUGGUGCUGGAGAUCCAUCGAACCGGAGAGAGUGGAGAUAUUGUUGUGUUUUUUGCCUCAGCUAAGGAAGUCCACAGUGCUUACAGCAUCCUCCAGAAUGAGGGUUCUAGACUGGGAGCAGAGUUGGACCAAAUGGUGCCCAUAGUGUUGUGUCCAAACCAGCGGGGGGUGCUGGCUGUUUUGAGUGAACAGUCAAAGUCCAGAAGGGUUUUCCUUUCUAUCCAACAAGGGGAGGAUGUGUGGUGGACUGCAGAGUCUAUAAAGUUUGUCAUCGACACAGGAGUCCAGAUAAAAAUGGUUUACAAUCCAAGAGUGAGAGCUUAUUCUGAGGUACUUCAGUCCAUCAGUCAGUGUCAGGCAGAUAUACGCAAGCAGCUGUCAGGACCAGCAGGUAAAUGUUUCCGCCUGUAUCCAGAAGUAAGCCUACCACUUGAGACCCCCUCACAGAUUUUGGAGUCUAAUAUUACACCGACAGUUCUCUUCCUGAAGAGGAUGGAGAUAGCCGGCCUUGGACAGUGUCAUUUCAUUGACAGACCAGAUCCAGAGGGCCUCAUGCAGGCACUGGAAGAGUUGGACUACCUCGCUGCUUUAGAUGAUGAUGGUAACUUGUCUGAAAUUGGCAUCAUCAUGUCUGAAAUCCCUCUGGAUCCUCAGAUGGCCAAAGCUCUGCUGGCAUCCUGCGAGUUUGACUGUGUGAAUGAAAUGCUCACUAUUGCAGCCAUGCUGUCAGUGCCGAGCUGCUUCCUGGAGCCAUCUGCUGGCACGAUCCAUGAAGUGGCUCAAUGUCACAAAAAGUUCCAGCACCCUGAGGGAGAUCACUUUACCCUCAUAAAUAUCUACAAUGCCUUUAAACAAAGCCAGAAGGAACAGUACUUGACUCUUGAAAAGUGGUGCCGUGACUAUUUUCUGGAUCAUUCUGCCCUGAAGAUGGCGGAUGCCAUUAGAUCAGAGCUGACAGACACCCUGAACAGAAUUGAGCUUCCCAUUUCUGAGCCCUCCUUUGGAACCAGAACAAACACGAACAACAUCAAAAGAGCUCUAUUGGCUGGAUUCUUCAUGCAGAUUGCUCGAGAUGUGGAUGGAUCAGGAAACUACUUUAUUCUGACACACAAGCACAUGGCCCAGAUGCACCCACUCUCUGGUUACGGAGCUCAGUCCCACAAGUUGGGGUUGCCAGAGUGGGUUCUUUUCAAUGAAUACACCCUGUCAGAAAACAACUGCAUGAGAACAGUCUCGGAAAUUUCCCCUCAAGUGUUCAUUCAAAUGGCACCAUUGUACUUCUUCUACAACCUGCCCCCUAGUGAGAGCAAAGACAUACUGCAGGACAUGUUGGACCCAGCGGGAUCAAGAAAUUGCAGAGAGAAGCGGCAGCCAACGGCAAAUGGCAGCGAUGCCAGCAGAGAAUGUGCAACAGUGGCGCAGACUUAUGACAGAUGUGUGAUUCAAUAAACUAAAACCAGAGUUUUAGGUCAUUUUCCAACCAA